AUUACCUGUUGGGUCGUCGUCGUGCGUUUAGUGGCGGCAAUUAAAAGCAUUUGUGAAUUCUACUAACUACGAUAAAAAUCAUAGCCUCGCUUCAACGUUCAUAGUAGUCUACUAGUCAAUUGGUGAACAUUUAAAAUUGUUUCUUUGCAUAAAAUAGCUAGAAAAAAUUUUUGGAAAACCACUCACAACAAUUCGUGUUUUUUUUCUGUUGUGUUUUGUGUAGUUCACCAGAGUACACAUCAUUAUUGAUUACUCACGGAACGUAGGAGACCUAGUACACAUAUUUGUGUAUGUUCAAAUACAUAUAUAUUCACGUGUGUGUAUUUAGUUAAUGGAGAACGUGUGCUGUUCUUCAGUUAUAUCUUUGUACAUCUUUGCGCUGGUGAUGUAGCAUCGUUGCUCGUGCCAAGUCGUCUGUCCAACUAACCAACUUGUCCAUAAGUGAAGUGUGACGUAGAAUUUUAGUUGCUCAAUUUAUUUAUUGGAGAUUUGUAGAAAAACAAUUCCAAAUGUGGCUGUGGGAUUACAUAUUGAAAAGUAUAAGAGAACGUCAAGAAAAAGAACACCGUCAUAGCGUUGCUAUUGUUAAAGUCGGUCUGGGUGCUGCUGCUUUCUGUGCGCUAUAUUUGAUCUUUGGCUAUGGAGCCCAAUUGCUGUGCAACAUUAUUGGCGUAGUAUAUCCAGCUUACGUUUCCAUUCAUGCCAUUGAAUCGAGUACAAAAUUAGACGAUACAAAAUGGUUAACAUAUUGGGUGACUUAUGGCAUCAUGUCAAUUAUUGAGUACUUCUCUGUCAUCUUGACUUCCAUAAUUCCCUUCUACUGGUUGAUUAAGUGUGGUUUCCUGAUUUGGUGCAUGCUGCCAACUGAGCAAAAUGGUUCUUAUGUUAUCUACAAUCGUGUCGUGCGUCCAUAUUUCCUUAAACAUCAUCAAGCCGUUGACAAUGCGAUAGACAAAGCCAUCGGCCAAGCCAAAAAGAAUAUUGGAUCAGUUUUGAAAAACGAUUAAAUUAGAAAUAGAAUUACCAUCAAUCCUUGAUUCCCAACAUUGUUCCCUCAAUAAAACACACACAAACAAAUUAAUUACACCAGUAUAAAUGAGUAGUAUUAUUUUUAUAUACUACUUUUUGGUGAAGGUAUCUCAUGUUGUUUGCUGCAAAUCAUGUGUCAUCACGUAUGUGUCUUCAUAUUAACCUCAGAUUCAAAAUUAUUCGAUUCUUAAUUCUUAAAUUUAAUUAUAAUUACAUACUAUAUAUUUAAAAUAAAUGCACUCUUAAUUUUGAUAAUGUAAAAAAUACCAUUAGACAUACAUAUGUACUAUAUAAAAUGGAUAAAAAAGGAUAAAAAGGAAACAACAAAUAAAUGUUAAAACGUCUUGUUAAAAACAAAAUACACUUAA